GUGGGUGGUAUGUCGUCUUGCUCCACACCAGCACCUUACGUCGAGGCUCUACAAACGCUGGCGGAGUCGACGCUGUUUGAUACGCUGAAGCAAACAACCGACCAGAAAAAUAUACACAGUCGGAGACCAUGAGCGGUGAUAGCCGGACGUCGCGCGCAUCGCUGCAGCGGCCGACAAGCGCAACGCCCGUUCUCCUGCAAUCUUGCAGUCUGUUUGCGGAUCCUCCUGUAGCACUCCCCAAUCUUGAUGAGCUGCGCGCGGCAGAUGUGUUGGUUCACGCUUACUAUGGCACGCUUGCGAAGACCUCGCUGCCACCAAGCCCACCUUUCACCAGCCUCUCUGUGCAAUCAGGAGCAUCGCCGUUGGACGCAGGCGGCGCGAAGCAUGGACCGGACCCGUUACCGCCGCCUUCCGCAUACCCGGCGAGUGUUGUGGCGGAGGCCACGACGGUGGGUGAGGUGAUUGGCGCGUCGCUGGCCCGCGAGGUCGUUGAGGCAGCUGCAAACCUCUACACUUCUCGCCGCUUAGAUGACUUGGUCGAGACGUACACGGCGUGCGCCACCUGGGACGACGCUCGUGAUGUUGUGGCGAGUGCGUUCCUCCCCCAGGACGUGCGCGGCAACGGUCUCUCGAGUGAGCCGGCGAGGGCCAACGCUGAGGUGCCGGUACAAGACGCACCGCAGCGUGAGCAACUGCUCGGGGCAUCCGCCCAGUCGCUGCCAACACCGGUGUUUAUGCGCAGUGCCCUCUCCCUGGCCGGCGUCACCACACGCACGCUCACCAGCAUUCUCACGCCGCAGUCCUCUCUGUAUCCGCCACCCCUCGGCACCACGCUGCCCGUCCGAUGCGCCACACACGACACGACGGGUCCCACGCCGCCGCCCAGUGUGCCGAUGGACGCGUUUUCGCGGUACGUCUUGCUUGUGGAGGAGGUGCCGCCGCCGACAGCUGCCGCCGACCGCCCGCGCUCGCCGCUGCGGGGAUCGCCGCCGCGUCCGCGUGCCACACGAAGCAAGGCGAAAAGUGCGGAAAGGUCCACACCGGCUGCGGCAGCCGCGGCUCUCUCGCCCUCGCCUCCCGUCACCGUGAAUGCACCCGGCAAGCGAAGCACGCGGCGAUCGCAGAGGCGGUCGCUGCAGCCUCUGCAGGCGUCGUCGCUGCCGGAGCCGGCUUCGAGCCGCGGCAAGAUCAGCUUUAGCCCAACUGCUCAGACGCCGCCAGAGGACCCCCUCACCCGAGCUCUGCGGCAGGGACUCUUCUCUGCCACGGUAGAUGGUGCGCCAGGCGCCGUGAAAGCGGAGCGGCCCCCGGCACGUCCGGCCGUGACCGGCGUCGGUCUUUCCUCGUCAUCCUUUCCCUCUAUCAUGGGUGGAAACGAUACACUGAAGAAGGUAGCGGGGAAGCAGGCCCUCCGCGCUGCUGGCGUGAUAGCGGUAGAGCAGGACCGGCUGUGGACCACCGAUCGCGGAGGCAAGUCGCAGCCGCGCGGCGGCCAACACAAGGAUGCGGUGCGGUGCCAUGUGGUGCCCAACGAGGAAGACGACGCUUCAAAACUUGCGCAGGAGGACGAGGUGGCUGUGGUGAACGAGGGCAGUGCCCAUGCUGCGGAGGCAGAGCGGGAUCAACGAGGCAAGGGCGGGAGCAGACGUGCGCCGCUAAGCAACACCGCCAAAAGUGCUGCGGCAGCGGCGAAGACGAAGAAAGCCUUGACGGCGGAACGGGAGGCGUGGACGGCGUCCUUCUUCAGCGCGACGGACGCGGCCGGCGAGGCCCCGUUGCAAGACCAGGUGCAGGUGAUGCCCUCCCCCGGUGUGAAGGUGGUGGGCGGUGCAUUUUCGCCGACGGCGGCGCAGACAACCCGGCGGGGCCACAAAGGUGCCGCAGCAGGUGCGAACACGAUGAUGGAUGGAGGAGACUUCACCGUCCCUGCCGAUCGAAUGGCGCUUUCGGCCUUUGACGAGAAACGCGUUGCGGUUCGCAAGCCAAACGGCCCCGGACGUAUUACGAGUCCGCGAAAACCACGACAGGUGCAGGCUUUCAAAACAAUGUAA